AUGUCGGGAUCAAUUCCAAGCGAGACUACCCACCGGUCCGAAACCGAUACAGGUACUAUUGGUGACAAUCCGUCCUCACCGCGUGCAACCCGCAAACCAAGUACGAAAGUCACUUCCAAAGUGAGAGACUUGGCUGUCAAAUUAUUGGCGCCAGGCUUCCCAAAACUAAUGAGUGGUGUUGUGGACACAGCAAGAGAAGCAGGUGCAGAUUUAAACCCGUAUUCCUCCUAUGAUGAGGUGAACCAAGAACUCCUUGUAACAGCUUUGUUUGCUGUGGUCCGUUUGGCGUCUGAGACUGGGACGGAUCCAUCACCAGGAUAUAAGGCCCGCUCGUGUAACCGCUGCCGUUCAGGUAAACUGCAAGCAUGCCACCAGAAAUUGGAAGUCCUCCCGGACCCUCAGCAGGUUUGUCAGAUGAAUCUAAGGGUGGAGUUGACAGUGAGAGUUGUCAAUCCCCUUCCCAAAAUGUAG